UACAAUGCAAUGCAGUGCAAUACAAUACAAUACGCAUGUAGCGCCAGGGGAGAGGGUCCCCAUCCCAUUCGGCGGGCCGUACAAAAUUUCCAGCUAGUCUAGUCAGCUUCAACAUCCAAGGGCACCUGCAAAUCGCAGACUAAGCCAGCUCGAGAGCCUCAACCUCAGCAAACCGACAUAACCACAGACAGCCGCAAUGAUCUGUAGGAAUUGCUUAUCACGCGCCUCGGUGCUCACGCGGGCGCUCCCCCUUUCGCAAACCCCCCAGAGGUCCAUACCGGCAGUGCGCGCCUUCACUGCAGCGCCCGCCCGACGCAACGCCGCACCAGCUGCACCCGAAGCUACACCAUCCUCCUCCAUCGCGAGCGAUGCACCGCCCACAUUCAGCACACCUCUCGGCGACGCAGGCCCCGCGGCAGAAGCAAAGCCCGCGCUCUCCACCUGCCCCGGGGGCACCAUCCUGACCGGCCUCAACUACCUGAAGAGCAAGACGGACCCGGUCGCGCUGGCCGACGAUGCAUACCCGGAGUGGCUCUGGAGCUGCAUAGACGUCACGGUCAAGAAGACGGACGAGGACGACAACAACGACGCGGCCGCCGAAUUCUCCAAAUCCAAGAAGCAGCGUCGUCUGGCGGCCAAGCGGCAGCGAGCGCUCGAGGCCCGGCUGCUGGCCGAGGGCAACCUCGAGGCCCUCGCGCCCAAGAUCCCGCUGCAGCAGCAGUCCGUCAACAUGCCCGGCAACGAGGAGGGCACGCCCGAGGGCGCCCUCGCGGCGGUCGCGGCGCGCGAGGAGCUGAGGAAGGCCAUGCGCAAGGAGAGGAAGGCCAAGAUAAAGGAGACCAACUACUUGAAGAGCAUGUAAACGGAGAAGGGCCUCGUCUUGCCUUUCCAGCCGAGUCUCGGGGAGGGUGAGGGCGAGGGCGAGGGAAAUCGAGGGAUCCCCCGUUCUGCAGAUCGAAGGGGGAGAGAGACAGAGAGAGAGUGUGUGUAUGUGUAUUUAUGUACAUGCCGCUUUCGUCUGGGACCGAGUCGCCCAUUUUUGCCCUUCCAGAUGCGGUGGGCAAAAGACGUGGCUUACAUAUAUUGUACAAUAGAACGUGUAAAAUCUCUGUACGCGUACCAGCUAGACAAAGCCAUCACUGAAGGGACGGGU